AUGUCUCACGAGGAAGAUCUCAUUGAUUACUCCGACGAGGAGAUCGGUGGCAACGAUACCGCCGCGACCACCUCCAACGGCAAGAAGGGCGAGCUCGCCGCCGGUAACAAUGUCGACAAGAAGGGCAGCUACGUCGGUAUUCAUUCGACCGGUUUCCGCGAUUUCCUCCUCAAGGCCGAGUUGCUCCGCGCUAUUGCCGACUGCGGUUUCGAGCAUCCAUCGGAGGUCCAACAAACCUGUAUCCCCCAGGCCCUCCUCGGUGGUGACAUUAUCUGCCAGGCCAAGUCCGGUCUAGGAAAGACUGCUGUCUUUGUUCUUGCUACCCUACAGCAAGUCGAACCAGUGAACGGGGAGGUCUCUGUGGUCGUUAUGUGCCACACUCGUGAGCUCGCCUACCAGAUUCGCGACGAGUACAACCGUUUCAGCAAGUACAUGCCUGACAUCAAGACCGGCGUCUUCUAUGGCGGUACCCCCAUCAAGACCGAUAUGGAGACCCUUAAGAACAAGGAGACUUGCCCUCACAUCAUCGUCGGUACUCCCGGUCGUCUUAAGGCUCUUGUUCGUGACAAGGCUCUGCGUCUUGGUAGCGUCCGUAUCUUCGUGCUGGACGAGUGUGACAAGAUGCUUGACCAGCCUGACAUGCGCACCGAUGUCCAGGACGUCUUCCGUGCUACCCCUCAGCAGAAGCAGGUCAUGAUGUUUUCGGCCACCCUCUCCGAGGAGGUUAAGCCCAUCUGCCGAAAGUUCAUGCAGAAUCCCACUGAGCACUACGUCGAUGAGGACACCAAGCUCACUCUUCACGGCCUUCAGCAGUACUACAUCAAGCUAGAAGAGAAGGAGAAGAACCGUAAGCUCAACGAACUCUUGGACGAUCUCCAGUUCAACCAGGUCAUCAUCUUUGUGCGCAGCACUGUCCGCGCUACUGAGCUUGACAAGCUCCUGCGAGAGUGCAACUUUCCUUCGAUCGCUGUUCACUCCGGUGUCAGUCAGGAAGAACGUAUCCGCCGUUACAAGGAGUUCAAGGAGUUCAAGAAGAGAAUCUGUGUUGCCACAGAUGUUUUCGGACGAGGUAUCGAUAUCGAGCGUAUUAACCUGGCGAUCAAUUACGAUCUAUCCAACGAUGCUAGCUCCUACCUUCACCGAGUGGGUCGUGCUGGACGAUUCGGUACCAAGGGUCUGGCCAUCUCAUUCGUCAGCACCGACCAAGACCAGGAGGUGCUCAAGGAGAUCGAGAAGCGAUUUGAGGUCGCUCUUCCUGAAUUCCCUAAGGAGGGUGUCGAUGCCAGCACUUACAUGGCUUCCUAA